CGCGCGCCACCAGCGCGAUGGGCUCGGAGGCAGCUCAGCUGCUGGAGGCUGCUGACUUCGCCGCUCACAAACACCGACAGCAGCGACGAAAAGAUCCUGAAGGGACUCCUUACAUCAAUCACCCCAUCGGUGUAGCCCGGAUCCUAACCCAUGAGGCUGGAAUCACUGAUAUUGUGGUGUUACAGGCCGCCCUGCUCCAUGACACAGUAGAAGACACAGACACUACCCUGGAUGAGGUGGAGCUGCACUUUGGAGCACAGGUUCGACGCUUGGUGGAGGAGGUGACAGAUGACAAGACCCUGCCCAAACUGGAGAGAAAGCGGCAACAGGUGGAGCGGGCGCCGCACAGCAGCCCAGGGGCCAAACUGGUGAAGCUGGCAGACAAGUUAUACAAUCUGAGGGACCUGAAUCGCUGCACCCCUACUGGUGGGAACAGAGUCGCUGGGUCAUGCAGAAGCUGUCAGAUCAUUCCAUCACAACUCAUCUUAUGGCCGUGUACCAAAGCCUGCCAGGAAAACAGGCGAAAGCCAAUGCUGCCCUUAACAUCACACGAGCAGGUUCCUGUCCCCUCUGGUGCAGGAUGGUCAGAACACCGAGUGCAGGAGUACUUCGAGUGGGCAGCACAGGUGGUAAAGGGGCUUCAAGGAACGAACCAGCCACUGGAAGAGGCACUAAAGCAGCUGUUCGAGGAACGAGGGCUGACUCUCUGAGCCGUUUUUUGCAGUCCUGCGGCAUGGCUCCAGCAAGGCCAGGAAAGAUGGGAUUCCUACUGCAGCGUUUCAGAGCCUCCUCAUCUCUCACAUUCCAUCAUUCAACCCAGACGUCACAGGCUAAAAAAACGUCUGCGUUUUUUCACUCAGCUGGGCCCAAAAUAUGGAAAGCAGAUAUGCCACUCCAUCCAGGCACUAACAGCCUUUCUUUAAGUCUUGGGUCUGUUUGUUGUUUUGCAUGGUGGAACCUCUGGCCCCUCAGGGACCUAAGAUUGGAUAAGCAUUGGUUUUAUAAGUCGUGGAAAAUAAAGCACUUAAGGUAAAGGCUUAAA